CCACAUUUCGGGGUGAUGUCGACACACAGAGACGUCGACAGAAGAUAUACGCGUGGCGAAUCUCAGGCACUGUAGCGAAAAGCUAGCACCCGCUAUACGUGUGCCGUCGUUCGUUGAAACAUUCAGCGCCGUUCUUUUCCUCCUUUCAACCAGACCGGCCCGGUUCGUCUAACACAACCCGCCAUGUCGGACAGGAACAUCGUGCUGGCGUUUGACGCGUACGGCACUCUUCUGUCCACCGAAUCCAUAGCCAAGAAGCUCGCGAGCCAUUUCGGCGAGGACAGGGCGAACGCGGUAGCGGCUAAGUGGCGACUGUAUCAAUUGGAAUAUACGUGGAGGGCAAAUAGCAUGAAUAUGUACGAGCCGUUUUCGUCCAUCACGAGGAAGUCUCUGCGACAUGCGCUCAAAGAGCAGGGGCUAUGGCUCGACGAAGACGACGUGAAGGGCGUGAUGAGCGCGUACGAUUCACUAUCUACAUUUCCCGACGUAAAACCUGCUCUCGAUGCAAUCGUGAAGGAGAGAGACCUCACUUGCGUGGUCUUCUCUCAAGGCACGUACGCCAUGGUGUCCGCAUCCGUCAACAAAUCCCCCGACCUCGGGCCUUACGCCGCCAUCUUCAAGGAUAUCGUCGUGGUCGAGGAAGUGCGGAAGUUCAAGCCUGCGCCGGAGACGUACGACCAUCUUGUGCAAAAGCUCGGAAGGCAGAAGGGCGACUUCGACGGUUUGUGGUUGGUAAGCGGGAAUCCAUUCGACAUUGUCGGCUCGAGAGCGAUGGGCAUGAACGCGGUGUGGGUCGACAGGGCCGGCACGGGCUGGAUGGACUCCUUGGGAGAGCCCAACUUGAGGCCGAGCAUCAUAGUGAAGAGUCUUGGUGAGGUCGUAGCAAAGGUACGGGCCUACGAGAGCGCGAGCGGGAACAGCGCUCGAGCAUGAGGAGCUGGUUUUUCCAUCAUGGCCGUAUACGUGGCUGCUGCCCGCGAGAGGCGGACAGUUUAACGCUCACAAAUACGACACUAUAGAGAGAAUAGUCAAAGGAAAUUGAACACACAGCGCCCGGGCGGUGCAGAGAA